AUGAACAAACAAAACACGGAAAAGCUAAUCAGCAUAAUAAAUUUGCUAGAUAAAAUAUCUGAACGCAGUGAUGUAAAGAACCCCAAGUAUGGUAAACUUAAGAGCUUUUAUUCAAGCGAGGUGUCCAAGACGUACGACACUUUGGAAAAUCAGAAGCCGAUGUUCCCGUUGCACUGCGAAAAUGAUACGCGCGAUUUUAGUGCCAGCAAAAUAAAUGACAAAAUUAAAAAGACGAAAAGUUUUUUCUAUUUCAAUAAGUCAUACUCGAGUGAACGGGACGAAUCCUCUUGUGGCGACAAAGGAUGGGUUGCGACGGGGAAGGUGGGGGAUGUUGCUCAAAAUGAGGGCCAAACUGAGCAUCAGGCCGAACCGCAAACCGAACCGCUAAGAGAAGAAGUCAGCGAACGGUUAAGCGAAUAUCCAAAAGGUGCUCAUGAGCGAGAGCAGCGGCCCCGCAAGGAAGACUCAACCGAAGGAGUAAAUAACAAGUAUACACAUUUUCAAGAUAUUUACGAGGAAGGGAAAAAAUCGCAAGGCAUAAGAGAGACAACUGAUUGUGUGAAAGGAUCUAAUCAGGGCGCCAAAACAAACACAACCUUUUCAUUCGAAAGUGAAGGAUUUUCCUCUGCUAAAUGGUAUACAGGUAGUUUCCACUUCAAAAGAAAGUCACAACAUGAAGCAAGGCACUACUUUAGUGACACUGCAUUGUUGGAAUAUAAUAACCCCAGUAGGAAAAAAAAAAAUUUGCUAGAAAUGUUAAAGAGGCACAAGGUCAGGAAGUAUCAGGAGAAGUGUUGUGAAGACUCUGUGGACAAUUCGGCAUUCAUUGCUCCAUCGAAGAAGUACGGAUAUGUGCAUGGGGAAGUUGACGCAGACGAAUACCUAGAUGACAAGGGUCUCGGGCAGUUACUGGAAAAAAUCAUAGAACAUUUGAACGUCAACCUGAAGGAGUCAAUGAACAUAUACGUUAAGGAGAUAAACAAACUGAACAAGGCGAACGACACGCUAAGCACAAAGCUCGAAACUGCCGUUGAGAACAACGACGAACAGGCCCAAGAAAUCAGAGACCUGAACAAACGGAUAAGUCAAAUAGGGGAAGAGAAAAUCGAAAUGAACAAGCGCAUUGAAAAUUACGAAUUUACAAUACACAAGUCAAAGAAAUUAAAAAAUGAGGGACAAGGCGACAACGAAGCGAAGAGUGCCCUGGAAAUGGAAAUAAGAAAUCUCAAGAGGGAAUUAAACCUUGCUAAUUCAUUGAACGACAAAAUAAAAGAUGAAAAGUUGUCUCUCCAGGAAAAAAUAAAAAGUAAAACGGAUAAAAUUAGAAGAGAAAAAGACAAAGAAAUGCUAACAAGUGUGUAUCUUGCAUGUAUGUGUACACUUGUGAGUAAAAUGGCGUUUAUAUGCCAAAUGAGGAAAUCACAGGGGAACACAUACAUCAUUCUCUUUAGUGAUAAUAAGAAACGAAAGGAGGGACGAAGGUGCUCAGUUCGGCACAGACGAAGGCAUGAACGAAUCAGCAGUUACCGAAGUGACACCAUUGUGGACAACUACGAGAGAGUAAAAAGCAAGUUGCUCGAAAGUAAUGAGAAAUGCUAUUUUUUAUCGAAAACGAACCUUGAAUUAUUUAAAGGAUUAAAAAGGAAAAGGAAAAAAAUUGAUACACUAAACAAGCAGAUGUCUUACCUGAAAUGUUUUGUGAAAGGAAAGGAAAAAAUGGAUCGGUGCGAUGAAUAUCAUUUAAAACAGGAAAACAGCACCCACGGGUGUGAUCAUAUGGAAAGGAAUAAAAGUCACGUCCCGUGUGCAGAGGAAUACAAACCUUCUCAAACAAGUGAACAUAAUUCGCUUGGCAAAAUGUCCUACUAUGUACAAGAGGGGGAAAUUGAAGGUCUCGAAAAAAAUUAUCACAAUUUAACUAAUGAACACAAAUUGUUGAAGAAAAAAUAUGAGCUGCUAUACAAAAAAUAUGCGCGAUUGCUAGGAAAGGAUUUGAAUAAAAGCAACGAUCUUGCCUUUAAAAAAGAGCAGGGGGAGGAAAUUGUGCCAAACGAGAGUGACAUGAUUCAUUCGUUUUACGUGAAAAGGGGGAAAAACAGAUUGGACAGACCCUUCCAGCGAGGUGAAAAUUUGAAGCGAACUUUCCAACGGAGGGACAAUUUAAUAAAUUACAUAAAAGCGAAAGUCAUACAUCGGAAGAACCUCCACGUGCGCAGAUUUAGAAACUAUGCGGAAAAAGGCAACGACUACAGCGAUGUGCAGUUCUACGUGUCCAACGAGAUUUUAAGGAACAUGGACGUGAAGGAUAUUGUAAACAUUCGGUACAUUUACUCCUACGGGGAGGGACCAGCAGUUCUUCCUUCCGAAAAGGAAAGUUCACCCAACUAUAAUAUUUGUAAAUGCUGA